AUGAAGGUGGAAAAGGAACAUCGCAUGAUAGAACAGCGAUGGAGGGAACAACAGGGUGAACUUUUCGACGAGGAUUUCCUUAUUCAGCUGAUUAACAAAGAAUCUGUGAAAGAUGAGGAGCAGGAGACCAAUAAGAAUUCACAGGUCGAUUAUCAGCAAAAACGCUCUAUUCAUUACAUCUAUAGAGAUCUCGAAGAUUUGGAGCAUGUUCACGUCUACUCCCUACUCGUCGAAUAA